AUUUCUCCGCCAUAACAACUCUGGAAUAACAAUUACCUAUAAAUCCAAAAGCAACCGGCCACAUGAGGAUUUAAAUUAAGCAUUCUUCUGGUUGGAAACUUUCCCUGUUCCUCCAAAAACAUCCUUAUUUAAUAAGGAACGCUAGGUAGCAUUUCCAUAGAAAUCAUUCAUUUCAUUUCAUCAGAGAAGACGCUUUUUGUUAUUGUUUGCAGGCUCUGUUUCUUGUUUCUUGUUUCUUUAGUUUACAGAGAAUGAGUUAUUACAACCAGCAGCAAGCCCCUGUUGGAGCUCCUCCUACACAAGGGUAUCCUCCAGCUGGGUAUCCACAGGCUUAUCCUCCACCACCACAGGGCUAUCCUCCAGCUGGGUAUCCCCAGGAAGGUUACCCUCCCCAAGGAGGACCCCCACCUGAGACAAAAUCUAGAGGCGAUGGCUUUUGGAAGGGAUGUUGUGCUGCAUUGUGCUGCUGUUGUGUGUUAGAAGAAUGCUGCUUUUGAGUUGAAACAGGAAUUUGCAAGUCUCGUGGGUCUCUUUUAAGAUGGGAUGAUUGAAUUAGGACGUAUGAUUAUUUUGCUCUAUAUUCGUUCUUUGUACAACUUUGCUUGGGGCCAUUUGUAGCCAUAUUCAUUUUGUUGUAUUGAAUUUGGUUCGAUUGGAGGAUUGUUGGGCUCUGACUAUCUAGUGGAGUAUAUUUGUAAUAUCUAUUUUUAUAAAUAAAAAAUAAAUUGAAGACA